UAUCAUGGUGGAACUAACUUUGGCCGUGUAGCUGGAGGACCAUAUAUUACCACAACUUAUGACUAUGACGCACCCCUUAAUGAAUAUGGACAAUUAAACCAGCCUAAAUAUGGACAUCUCAAGGAGCUUCAUGAAAUACUUAAAUCCGUUGAGAAACUUCUCACAUAUGGCAAUGCAACACAAAAGUCUUAUGGUGAUGAUGAUUGGCAGUAUACGACUACUGUGUAUGAAUACCAAGGCUCAAGGGUAUGUUUCUUAGCCAAUGCAAAUGACAAAAAUGAUCGGAUAUUCAAUUUUGAAGGCAAAAACUACACUGUUCCUGCUUGGUCAGUUAGUAUUCUUCCUGAUUGUGUCAAUGUCAAAUACAAUACAGCAAAGGUUAAUGCUCCAAAAAAAGUGAUGCUGAGAAAACCAAACAAUGCUGAUAACCCUAAUGGCUUAGAUUGGAGUUGGAGAGCUGAGAGACCUUCACAUCUUAAGCCUUCUUUUAUCAACAUUAAAAAGAAAGGUGUUUUAUAUGCCAAUCAACUUCUUGACCAAAAGAUUGUGGCAAAUGAUACUAGUGACUACUUAUGGUACAUCACAAGUGUGGAUAUUAAAGAAUCUGAUCCACUUUAUGGUGGUGAAGCUGUUCUUGAAAUUCAUACUAAUGCACAUGUUCUUUAUGCAUUUUUCAAUGGCAAGCAUAUUGGGACUAAAUGGGCGAAAGAUGGAAAUGUCACUGUUGGAUUUCCUAAUUAUGGAGCCUAUUUUGACAAGGUCAAGAAUGGAAUUCUUGGUCCAGUUGUGCUGAAAUCACCAAGUGGUGUUGUGAAAGAUCUAACAAAUAACCAGUGGGAAUACAAGAUUGGUUUAGAAGGACUUGAAAGAAAGCUUUGGGAAGAUGAAGAUUACAUGCAUAGAAAUUGGAAACCAGCUCAAACUCUCCAAACAAACAGAAUGUUUGUAUGGUUUAAGACAACAUUCAAGACUCCCUCUGGUGAUGAUCCUGUUGUGUUGGAUAUGAUGGGAUUGGGAAAAGGAACAGCUUGGGUAAAUGGAAAUAAUAUUGGUCGAUAUUGGCUAACUUCUUAUGAUUUUGAGAAAGAGAAUGGCUGUAGUAGUUCAUGUGAUUAUCGUGGUAAUUAUCAUCCUGAAAAGUGUGCAACUAAUUGUGGACAACCUACUCAACGCUGGUAUCACGUACCAAGAUCUUUCUUGCGUAAGAGUGACAACAAUUUGGUUAUAUUUGAGGAGUUUGGUGGUCACCCUGCAAAAGUGAAUGUUCAAACAGUUUCACAAGAGUAG